AUAUAUUAGGUAUUGCACUUAUUGUAAAUAAAUACACCAUGAACAUGAAUAUAAAAGAAUAGGUAUGAGUGACAUUAUUAUAUAUUAUUACUGUUGUAAGCUCUGAUGGCUGCUGGAAUGAAGGACCUGCGGUAGCGCUCCUUCUUGCACAGGGGGUGGAGGCGUCUGGUACUGAAGGAGCUUGUUAGGUCUCCUACAGACUCAUGUAGUGGAUGUGUGGUGAUGUCCAGGAUGGAUAAUUGUCUACCUUUAUUGCUGAUGUUCAUAUAAUUUCAAAAUCCUUAGUUUCUGGGCCAGUACUGACCAACGGCUCAUGGCUGAGAAAUCAAUCCAAAGAUUACAAAAAGAAAACUUCAGAGAAUGAGAAUGAAUUUUUUUUUGUUCUGCUAGUUAAAUAAAAAAACAAGUAGUGACUAUUUUCCUUAUUAAACUACACAUUUAUUAACAUUGCGUGCAGGGGGACAGUCAAAGCUUGGAGCAUAUUAUUUGUGAUAUUAUUAAUUUAUACACUUAUCAAUUAGUGUAGACAAAUGCCUAAAGUUAAUACUUUAAAAAAGCGUCAACAUAUUUUUAGACUUUUAAUGGUCACCAUUACUAUAAUCUUUGAUUUUGUAAGGUUUUAAUAGACUUGUUACCUUAAAGCCACCAUUAUCCCUUAAUUCCGUCUAUUAAAGUCUAUCAAAUAUUUGCUUUUAUGAGAUUACAGAAUAUCACAGAUUACAUUUACACAAAUUCGCUGUUAGAAUUAGCUAAUUCCUUUGUUCUGAUAUUAUAAAACAGUAGUGGAUGGUGUGCAUGUGUUUGUACAGGAUGUGUGACGGGGAGCUGGUAAAAAAGAUGUUGCGCGCCGUACUGCAGAGCAGCAAGAGUGGUGUGGCUCUGUCUCGAUUGCAGGGUGAUUACAGAGCUCUGACUGGAGAGUUCAUACCUCACUCACAACUGGGUUACAGAACCCUGGAGAUCUACCUGAGAAGCAUCCCCAGCGUAGUGCAGCUCAGACACUCCCACACCGGAGAGGUGGUGUGUUUUGCUGCUAUUUGUGAAGAAACAGCACACAUUGCUCAGCUGGUGGCUCGGCAGAAGAGCUCGAAGAAGUCGAGCAGCUCUCACUUACUGAACUGCCACAUGCGAGCUAAAACUUCCUCACUGUUCACCCGUAAUGCUGUUCCUCGGUCAUCCCUGAGGCAGCCCAGUCAGAUGAACCGUUCUUCUCAUGGUUUUACCCCCCAGUCUUCAGGCUCACUUACCGGUUCCCAAAGUGACCAGAGACAAGUUUAUAUCAACAAUCGAGUUCCUGCCCCACACAGCAAGAACCUUUUAGGGCCUGUCAUGCAAGAUAAAUUUCAGCACAAUGUGACCACUCACAAGAUUUGUAAAAAUUCAGAUGGCGAUGUGCAGCUGAUUCAGAGCCGAAUGAAACAGCUCCUGGAAAAAUACAACAGUGGUGUGUGGCUCUCCAAACUACCUGAGCUCUAUAAAACAAUGUUCAAUCAGGAGCUUCCAUCACCCACACUGCAACUGCUGGAGACCUGGACACACGUCUGUACUGUAGAGAAACCAGGUGGAGUUAAUGUAAUGGGUCAUCUGAUUUACCCCGCUAAAGAGUGCUCCGUAAAACCCAACGCCUCCCCUCCUGUGCUACAGAAACCUUCCAAAACCCCCAGCAAACCAAUCAAACCUUCUAUCACACAAUCCCCAGCCUUUCCUUUUACCAAGCCCAUGAGGCCGGUCACUCCUGAAUCCUUAAGUCAUUCUCUGCCCACACCUCCAUCCACACCUCCUCCAUCUGUUUCUCAGGACGUGAAGAAUAAAGUGCGAGAGCUGCUGAAUAAAUACAGCAAUGGUCUCUGGGCCCACGCUCUGCCCCGCCUCUUUCAGGAGGUCUUCAGGUGUGAUUUUCCAGAGUCUCUGCUUGAUGACCUCUCUCCUCUUGCUGAAAUAUGUUUUAUUGAGUAUCCGGUACCUGCAAAUCGCACCAAAGCAAUUUUAUACACCCUGCCCACUAUUAGCACUCCUCCAAAGCCCUGCCCUCGGCCCGGCUUACCUGUCAUAACCUGCGCUGGCAACCUAGGGGUGCCACCGCUGCCCCAACCGAAUGAGGAGUUCCCCUCUGUGCUGGUGAUUGAGGCCAACAGCACCGACAGUGUUAUAUUUAGAUAUGUAGGUAAAGGUUUCUCUCAGGCUCUGGAGAAGAUGGAAGAGGACAUGUUUGAGUUUUACAAAACCCAAAAGCCAGGGUAUUCCAUCUACUCCCCUACUCUUGCUCAGCUGGUGGCAGUAGCUGCGGAUGAUGAGUGUUUGCUUAGAGCUCAGGUGCAUCAGAUCACCGAGAAUGAUGUUAAGGUGUACUAUGUAGAUCAUGGAUUUUCUGAGGUGGUAAACAGACAGAAGCUGUGGCAGCUUGCUGAUCGUUUUCUCUCUUUGCCGUUCCAAGCAACCAGCUGCCAACUGGCAGGUCUGGAGCCAUUCAGUGAAGAGAAAGCGGUUCUGAAGACACUGGAGUCCGUUGCUUUUGGCAAGACGCUGUUAGCUGAGCUAGUAGAGCAUGAGGCUCCACCCCUCAUGGUGCUGUAUGACACUUCACAGGAAACGGACAUUAACAUAAACGCUACCUGUCUCCGAGCACUGCAGGAUAAAACCAUGGAAAAUCCACUACAGGUCAACAGCUCAUACACAAAUAUAUGCAUAACUAAAGUGGGCUCAGACGGCAGUGUGUUCUGCCAGCUUCCAUCCCGAGGUCUCUCCAAGCUCCGAGACAUUAUGGACAAAAUCGAAUUGUACUUCAUCUCUCAGGUUUCAUGGGAGCUGUUGGUGUCUCAGCCUUUCUGUGGUAAAGUGUGUUUGGCUCGACAUAAAGACAAAUGGGCCCGAGUAGAGAUCAUUAACCUGCAUGGUAGUCGUGUUGUGGACGUGAUGUUUGUGGAUUUGGGGUUUCCUGCUUCUCUGGAGCUUAGUGAUUUGCGAGAGAUUCCAGCACUGUUCAUCAGAGAUCUUAUUACUAUACCAGCACAGGCUGUGAGAUGCUGUUUAGUCGAGGUGGAGGAGCAUGAAGAUGUUUGGCCUCCUGAUGUUGUCCUGUGGCUCAGAGAGACCCUAAUCAAUGCAGAUACAUGCACCAUGAAGAUUUCACAUUUGGACUCUACAGGUCAGGUCCAUGUUUAUCUGUUCCUUGGUUCUGGACCUCAUGAUCGCAGCUCCAGUGUAAACGUACAGCUCAUCUCCUCAUUUUCUGUCUGUCGUCCGGCCCCUAUCGAAACUGUGCCAGUGCAUGCUUUACCAGAAGCGGGCGAUACCCCUCUGCUGCCCAACCCCCCUGUCCUUACUCCGGUACUAGAACUUCCUGGUGAGGGGCAGAACCUAGACGUGUUUGUGUCGGUGGCAUGUCACCCAGGGCAUUUUGUGCUGCAGCCAUGGCAGGAGUUGUACAAGCUGGUGGUGCUGAUGGGGGAGAUGAUCUUGUACUAUAACCGGCAAGAGGAAAGACGCAUCGCCAUAGAGAAGAACCACAUCUACGCUGCCAAGAUCAACAGAAAUUGGCACCGUGUGUUGGUGAAAGGUGUUCUGUCAAACUCGUUGGUUUCGGUGUAUGAGCUUGACUAUGGGAAACACGAACUGGUUCACACCUCUCAGCUCCGCACCCUCAUUAAUGAAUUCAGACAGCUGCCCUUUCAGGCAAUCCCCGCCCAGCUUGCAGGAGUGAGACAGGGUAGCUGGAGUGAAGAAGCCUCCAUUGUUUUCCGUAAUCAUGUGGAACAACACCCACUGGUGGCUCAGAUUCACUCGGUCCAGCAAGGGGCACACCCAUGGGAGAGAAAGCUUUCAGUCUACCUGGUGGAUACAUCGCAGGAUCACUGCGAUGUUUGGAUCCACAACAUCAUGGCUGAGUUCAUAGAAGACAUUUCUAAUGUUUAAAGCAAUUAACACCAGCUUUAGUAUGCAGCCUUACUACUUAAGCAGACGGCUGCACUGAAUGGUGUUUACAAUAUAUUGUAACGUUGUAAACUUGACAGAAAGCAUGGUUACAAUCCCAUGCUGUUGCACUACAGUAUUCACUGUAUUUAACCUGAAAGCUUUUCCUUUUAGAAGAGUCCUUUGUAUAGUUUGGACACCCCUGGUCAAAUUCCAUGUUCAUGUUCAUUUAUUUGGUGAACACAUCCUUUACAGAGAGCAAACAUAUUCCCAUUUUAGUUCACAUUAUAUAUGUAGAGAGAGUGAGAAAAAGUAAAUUAGCAAUAAUUGUGUGUUUUAAUGUGUGGAUGUUCUCUUAAUUAUACUUAUGAUACAUGAAACGUGACCAGGGGUCACAGGGCAUUUUCAUAAGACUGUAUAAACCCCCCUAAAUUACUAUUGUUUUAGCUGUUGAUCUAAGUGUCCCAAAUAUUAACCUUUUUCCUGUGGUCGUGGUGGUUUGAUUUUGUCGUGUUUAUUUUUUGUUGUGCACUAAAAGUUUGUAACUGAGUGAAGUGAUUUGUGUGUGUGUCGCACCUGAAAUGAAACAGGAAAGAGUGGCUACACUGGAAAGAGUUGUGUUCAGUUUCUGAAGGCUUGUUCUGUACCAUUAUUAAAUGAAAAGAAUAAUAA